CCAGCGUGGUAUGCGGAGAACAUGGGUCUCUCCAGGAUGUAUCAGAGAAUAAUGGAGAUUGAUGCGGUCGAGGCUGUGUAUGAUGGUCUGGAAGAGCUCCUCGCAAAGCUACACGUUGGGCCAUACGUCUCUGCGCCGAUACCCUCCCGGAGUCCCCCUGGCAGUCUCCUCCACCGCCAAUGUUAG